UAGCCGACCCACUCCUUUCCCCCACUGCAGACCUCACCUCCGCCACUCUCUGCCGCCCCGUCGACCGCGGCUACCUCAUAAACCCAGACCUCCAAACCUCUCUCUGGUCCCACAUCUUUACUAAUCUCCUCCACAUCACUCCAUCUUAGUCCUCUCUCCUCUUAACUGAACCCCUCUUCAACCUACCCUCUAUACAAACAUCAAUGGAUGAGAUUGUUUUCGAAGAGUUCAAUUUCAAUUCACUAUUUGUCACUGACCCACCAGCUUUAGUCCACCUUUAUGAGGCCUCAAGAAGGCCUUAUGGGUUGGUGUCAAAAACGCAGUGUAGUCUUGUGGUGGACUUUGGGUUUUCUUUUACCCAUGCAAUUCUCGUGUUUCAGAACUACACUAUGAACUUUGCUGUGAAAAGAUUGGAUUUGGGUGGAAAGGCAUUGAUCAAUUACUUGAAGGAGCUGGUGAGUUAUAGGGCAGUGAAUGUUAUGGAUGAGACUUUUAUUAUGGAUGAUGUUAAAGAGAAGUUGUGCAUUGUCUCGCUUGAUGUUGCGCAAGAUUUGCAGAUUGCAACGUAUUAG